UAUGCUUAAAGUCAAGUACAUGACUGUUACACAACUCCUCAGUUUUAAAAACUUUAAGAUUUUUACAUUUCUUAACUUUUCUGACAUAAUCCUUUGUUCUUUGCAGAAAAGGUACAGUUUGGCUGUUGGUCCUCCCAAAAAGGUUCCAAAAGUCAAGGGUGUAGAGUCUGCAGCAGUGCAAGCAUUUCUCAGACGGCAAGAAGAAGAAAAAAGAAAAAAAGCACUGGAAGAAAGAAGAAAGAAGGAAGAACUCUUGGCUAGACGUAUUGAACUGAAACAUGACAGAAAGGCAAGAGCUAUGGCCUCACGAACAAAGGAUAAUUUUUAUGGCUAUAAUGGCAUUCCUGUUGAAGAGAAGCCUAAAAAGAGGAGGACUUGUGAGAAUGUCGCUCAGGCCCCAGAGGCUGAGCAUGCAACAGAAGAUGAAACUGAGCAACUUGAAUACAGUCAGACUGAAUCUGAGCAUGAGCAAGAAGAAUAUGAAGAGAAACCAUCCAAAGUUGCAGUGAAACCAAAGGCGCCUCCUAAGAGUGCACCAGCACCUCUGAACUUUGCAGAGCUCUUAAGACUUGCAGAAAAAAAACAGUAUGAACCCGUGGAAAUAAAACCGGUGAAAAAGGUAGAAGAGAGACCCAGAACAGCAGAAGAAUUGAGAGAGAGGGAGUAUUUGGGACGCAAAAACAAAAGAGUAGAAAUGCAUAAGAAAAGUGAGAAGGAGAUUAAGAGUACAGGGAUAUCCAGUUCUUCAACAAAAAUGACUUCUCGGAAAGAAUCCGUAAAUGCAAAACUUAACAAAAGCUUAGUAGAUAAACAUUCCACACCAAAAGGCAGUCUGUCGUCUUCUAUGAGUGGUAUUGGUAAGAAAUCCAAAGCACCAGCAUUGACUGAAAAACACUCACGGUCAUCAUCUUCCUCCAGAUUUGAUCAAAUGGAAAAAACCUCACAAAAUGGCUCCUUAAAAAGCUCUACUGGUAGCAGUCAUAGUAAAUUACCUGUCAAUGGUAUUGGAAAGGCUGGCUCAAGCUCUCACGUGCCACCCUCAAAACCAGCAGCUAAUGGGGCUCAGAGGCUACCAUCUGCUAAAGAAUCCAGCCUGAAAAAGUCUGCCCUUACAAAAUCAGGAAAUGCUGCAGCCCUUCAGCAUGGAAUCAACUCCAAUGCAAAACGAUCGGGCAGCAGCUUAGGAAAAGGAGGACCUGGACAUCCAGGUGGUGGUUCAAGUGCAGGACCUGGGCGAUCAAGCAGCAAUUCUGGUGUGGGACUUGGAAGGCCAGGAAGUGGUUCAAGCCCUGGACCUGGGCGACUGGGCAGUGGCUCAGCUGCAGGACCUGGAAGGCCAGGCAGUAGCUCAAGCCCAGGACCUGGGCGACUGGGUGGUGGCUCAAGCGUGGGACCUGGAAGGCCAGCUGGCACCUCAAGCACAGGACCUGGGCGACCAGGCAGCAGCUCAAACAUGGGACUCGGGCGACCAGGCAGCAGCUUAGGCACUGGACCAGGAAGGCCGGGCAUCAGCACAAAUGCAGGACGUGGGCGACCAGGCAGCAGCAUGGGUACAGGACCAGGAAGGCCAGGCAUCAGCCCAAGCACUGGACCUGGACGACCAGGCAGCAGCCUGGGAACAGGACCAGGAAGGCCAGGAGUCAACCUGAGCACAGGAGCCAAGCGACCAGGCAGCAGCUUGGGAACAGGACCAGGAAGGCCAGGAGUCAGCCCGAGCACAGGAGCCAAGCGACCAGGCAGCAGCCUGGGAACAGGACCAGGAAGGCCAGGCAUCGGCCCAAGUGCAGGACCUGGGCGACCAGGCAGUGGCUUGGGUGCAACUGUAAAACCGAAGUGUACUGUUGUAUCGGAAACUAUUUCUUCUAAAAACCUAGUCACAAGACCUAGCAAUGGACAGAUAAAUGGAAUGAGGUCUUUUCAAGGGCAUAGACCUGUGUUUCAUCCACAAGGUCUUGGAAGACCACCUAUUAGUUACAAGAGACAAAUAGAAGAUGAUGAUGAUGAUGAUGAAUAUGACUCUGAAAUGGAUGACUUCAUUGAAGAUGAAGGGGAACCCCAAGAAGAAAUAUCAAAACAUAUUCGGGAAAUAUUUGGCUAUGACCGGAAAAGGUACAAAGAUGAAAGUGAUUAUGCCUUACGUUACAUGGAGAGCAGCUGGAGAGAGCAACAGAAAGAAGAAGCUAGGAGCUUGAGACUUGGUGUUCAGGAGGACUUAGAAGAAUUGAGACGGGAAGAAGAAGAAUUAAAACGCAAGAGACAGUCUAAGAAGCUGAGGACACGUUAACUGACUUAUGAUGGAGAAAGGCUCUAGGUCUGUCAACUCAGACUACAUCAGCUGUGAGCAACUUCCUGCCUGGUUGGGAAAAAAGUCUCUUAUGAAGCGAAAGAAAUAUAUUAAUUCAAAAUUGGUUCAGCUGGGAAUUAAAUCUGCAUUUCAGAUAAAUAUAGGUUAAAUAAAACCCAAUUAUUUCACCACUUUAUGAUUAUUUAACCAUGCAAGAUCAGUUAAAUCUCUUGAUCUGUAAAGCACUUUGUCCUUUGUCUUUUAGAUGGUGACUGGAAUGUACUCUGCUAGCCUCCCUAAGACUGUAUAACUGUUUUUUCACACAGUGAUCAUUGCUUAAAUUUUGUCUAUUUCAUAUGAAAAAUUAUUCGAGGACACAUUUGUAAUUUUACAGUCAAGAAGUACUUUCUCAUAAUUGGCAUGGGAUGCUAAUGUUUUUCAAAUUUUGUACAAAUGUUUGGGGUUUAAUGUGUUUGCAUCUGCUUCAUAUUUGUAAAUUGGCUAGGAAGGAACUGGAUUUUUGGUUUUUAAUUCCUGACCUUGUAUCCAAAACCACACUUACUCUUUGCCAGCUUAAUAGUAUUAAUCUAACGUGAGUACUUCAGUACUUGUCCAAAGUGCAUCUGAAUUUGAGGUUAAGAAAAACUGGAAGAAUGCUUAUAUUGGUUUAUGAGGAUCUGAUGUUAAGCUAACAAUUGUAUUUAAUGAAAUUCUGGUUUGGUUUUUAGAUUUUUAAUUCACUGUUUGACAAUGUGCCUUUUUUACUAAAUUGUGUCAAAAAAUAAUGAAUGUAGGAGUAUAAAAAGGUUGGUUGGUUUCUGCUAUCUCAGAUUCUAUAUCCUUAAACUUGAUAGUGUGAAAUGACAUACUUUUCAUAAAACCCUUCCAGGUCUGGCUUUGAUUGCACAACUACAGUAGCUACUUCUUUACUGCUAAUGCUAAAUCAAAUGAAGGGCACUUUCUAUUGAUGACUACUUUUUGAAAAUGUCUUGUAUUUACACUUGAGCUGUAUUUCACUUUACAGUGAUGUCUUUUGGGGGCCAGGGUUUCGCAUAUCACAGGAAGCCUUAGUGUGCAACUCUGUGCUGUGCUUUAAAAUAAAAAUCUUUCAAGAAGUAUAUGAGAUCUCUAUGGAAAUCUGGAUUUAUUUUUGUGUAAAGUCCAAAAUAUUGUCCAGGAAGACUAAUUUUCUAUUUUUUUUGCAUUUUGUAACAUAAUCUAGUAGCUGAUGCAUAUUUCUAGAUAUAGCAUAUUUCUGGAGACCAAAACAUGUCAGAAAAUAAAUAUAUGGAGAGACUGGUGUUUAAAUUGUGAUGAAUGUACUUCUAUUUAUUUUGGUGAGUGGGUGUGAUGCAAUAUUAAAGUGUUAGUGUGUAAAUAAGGGUGCUUCUAGUUUUAGCCAAUGAUUUUUUUUCUUUGGGGAUAACAUUUGUGCACAAUGUCUUUUUACACAAUGUGACAAAUCAGGUUAAAAACUCAUACAUAGCUUAACUGUUUUCUGGUGCUGUCAAGGAAGUGUAUACUUUUGCACACACCAAAUGCAUAUAAGUUUUGCAG